AUUCCGCAGUGACGCUGGCUGGCACGGCUUAGCAACUGCCUAGCGCUGCUCACAGAGUGGAAAACGUAACUUUUUGGUUGACGAAAUUAUCCUUGCCUUAUGCUUUUGACUGGAUUACUGCAAGCUCUGGACGCUUUUAGCUGGUCUGCUGUUGCCAGCGGAUCGUCGAGGGAGUACGCUCCAUAAUGACAUAAAUGGCUGUUUUUGCAAAAAUCGCAGCCGGGACCCUUCUAGUGGCUCCACAGCUCGUCACUGGUGCAGCCCGGUUGUGCCCAGUCCAGUAUGGUGGACUGUCGUGGAUCUCCUCCAACUAGAAGUGUGGUCCAUUUCCCGAGUAAGCUGUACCCGCUUCUCAAGACCUUCAUGACCGUGCAUCCGAAUGCUAGCUGCACCGACAACUGCUCGGGCCAUGGCGAAUGCCACCAGGGCAUCUGCUUCUGUGAGGUGCAAUAUAGUGGAGGAACCUGCACUGACCCCAACCUCAGCUACUUCGUGGCUUUUUCAACCAUCUUCUAUUUAAUUUGUGCUGUCUCAUUUGUCCAGUUGCUUAUUUGCAUACGAUCUGAAUUUAGUCGGAUCAAACCACCUUCGCUUCUGAAAGCUUUCAAAGUGACCACGCAGAAGGCCCUGUACGCACUUAUCUGUAUUGCCACCUUCGCUAGAGGAUUCUACUUUUCAUCUCCAGAAAAUGCAUCUUUAGAAUGGGCAUCUAGUUUGAUGAGCGCUUACUACCCGCUGCUCCUCACUGGUUCAUCUCUUAUUGUCUGCUUUUGGGCUGAGGUGUUUCACCUCCGUGACCUCCGGCAUGACAAGCCUCGUUUCCUUAGCAAGUCAUUUCUUGGCUUUCUUGCAUUCAACAUCAUCACCUAUUCGCUCCUGCUGGCAGAGUUAGUGCUCACACAAUUCGCUGGCUAUGGGGAAACGGAAAGGAGCCUUUUCUUGGGCGUGUUCAAUGGCUCCUUUGCUGUCCUCAUGGUCAUUGUGGUGGUUUUCUUCCUGAUCUAUGGAGUGGAGGUCUACUUCAAGGUGCGUGGCGCUUUUGUGGCUGGGCCCCCAACGCUUCCCAACAUGUCGCAAGUGCACCAGUCACGACUAGGACUUGUGGCAUUUGCCACUCUGCUGCUCACGAUGGUGUUGUUCAUCUUCUCUGAUGUCAUGGGCUCCUUCUGGAAGGAUAAGGUGGCUGUGCUGGGCAGAAAUUGCCAUGAUGUAAUGUUCCGUGUCAUUGAGAUGGGCCUGGCACUCUGGUUUCCUUGUGUGCUCUGGAAUUGUGUACAACCGCAGCAGCUGUGGAUCCUGAACCCGAAGAAACUCCUCGUGCGCCGAGAGCCUGAGAAGGUGGUCCCAACAGGCACUGAGUCAGAGGCCUUGUUCUCGGUACCUAAAGAGCUGGCCAAGAGUGGAGACAGCCUCAGCUCUCUGGAAAAAGUACCAGAAUGCUUCAUCUGCUAUGAUACGGAAAGGACUGAUGCAGGACCCAUGAUUCGCCCAUGCAACUGCAAGGGGGAUGUCUCUGUGGUGCACCAUGACUGCCUUCGUACCUGGCUUAUUGAGUCUGCUGGAAAUUCAGACAGCAACCGUUGCAAAGUCUGCAAUGAAGAAUACGAAUUGGAACGUGGAGAGGUUUGGCUGCCUAGUGGCCUGUCAACGGCUCACUGGCUGCAGACGGCUGCUGUGUUGGUCAUCAUGGGCAGCGCAGUCUCAGGUGCCUGCCUGGUUGUCAAGGUCUUCGAUAAUGUUGGCAUCCGCACCCUUGCUGUGGGCCUCGCCCUGCUGGUUGAAUAUGUGUGCUUGCGGCUGUUGGGCAUCAGCGUGUUGGAAGCCUACCAGCGUGCCAAGUACUCGGCAGUUCGCAUCUUGGGCAAGCGGCUGUCAGGUCCCGGCACUGAGCGCAUUGUGACAGCCACUCCGAGUGCCCGCCUCGUAGUGCCUCGCACCGGAGGGCACCUUCCAGCUGACCAUCGUGCUAUGCUUACCACUGCACUCGUGGCACCGCAGCCAGCCACUGACUCGGAACUUGUCAUUUGAGCCCUUGUCUCCUUUCUUUCCCGUCUGUGCCUCCCCCCCAAUCCGUGAGAGAGCUGCUUUUAGAGGGGCUGCAUUGCUCUGCUGCUGACAAAAUUGCAACUCCACUCUCUGGGGGACGCAAUGGUUGGGUGUUCCAGGCACCUGCUCCUUGUAGCCACCAGUAGGUCCGUGUUCAUAGUGGUGUUCACCCCUCAUAAAAUACUGCCUAAAGAUAUGCAGUAUUGUUCAGUUUGAGCGUCCCUUUGCACACCUCCUUUCCAAUGCUCAUUUUGGAUGUGACCUUCGACCUGCGCAGCUAGGUGAACGCUUGUGAAGAAAAAAAAUAGACAUCGUGACUAGCAAGGACAGUGCAUAUACUGGUGCUGCAAAUAUGCCUAGUAAUUUAAAUAGGAGGUUCUUUGGUCCUGUGCGUGUGUGAGUGCAUGUGUGAGUGUUAAGUAUGUGUCACUUCCUUUCUUAUACUUGAAUGCUUUUUAGAUUCGUUUCCCUCUUGAAACUCUUAUUAUUAUUAUUUAUGAGCUUUCUGAAAAAUGUAUAUUCAUUCCUUUAGUCCAGUGUUAGUGCUGUUCACAUGGACUAAUUGCAGCCAAAGAAUGUUCACUGAACUGUACGUACAAGAAAAGGUAGUCUUUUCUUGAUUGUGCAGGUUUUCUGCCUAUAGCUGAAAUACACAAAGAAGACCUCUAAAAGCAGCCUCUCCCACUGAAAGCAAUUGAGAAAUGUGGCCCCAAAGACAAAGGAAAAAGUGUAAUUUGGCAGAACUGAUGACGUCCCCUCACUUGUUGCUGUCCGUCAAGUUGCAUGAAGGUGUUGUCCAGUGAUAUUUACAAAUUGGCAACUGUCUGGUGUAGUUACCUGCCCUCUUCUUGUCACUAGCCACAAGCAUGCAUGGGCACAGCUGGGAUGGGCUCAGUUUUGCCAAGUACUUUUCUUUUUGUGCUGUCUUAUGGGUGGUGUUAGCACACUACCAUCUAUUAGCACACUUGUCAAGCGCACUUGCCAUGUUCUUCCCUCUUGUGUUCAGAUCUGUGCCGUGCUCUACCAUGCUUGCUCUGGUAUACUGGCAUUGCGCAUGUAUGUCUUCUUUCUCUGUAAAGUAAUCUGGACCCAUUGUUCAUUAUGCCUCCUGGAGUCCUUUGCCGAGUAUAAAUAUACAGUGUCUUUCUAACUAACGCAGCUGGCGGAACCUGAAACUUGGGAGUCUGCACUAUGAGAGAGGGAAAAUACAAGGGAUGAACUUGUAUUUCUUUUCCUGGCUGUGUGUUUAGAGCUUGUGCAAUGAAAAAGUUCGUUUCACCAAAGUUGAAAUUAAACUGCCAGGCAGGCCGAGUGAGCUUUAAUCUGGAGGAUUUGCCUUCACUGCAGCACACUUAGUUUUGCUUUCACGUGACAGAUGUUUUGACCUCUUAUCAUUAACUGGGGAGUCUGUGGUAGAAAUAAUUAGCGUUCAAGGGUGUUUUUGCGCAGUUGUGUGCAUUAGAUGCUGGUAAGGCUUGCAUAAGGCCCGGUUUUUUCGUUGCUUGCUAGUCUGGGCAGUGAUGUAAAUGGGCACUCCCUUGAUGCUUAAAACAAGUCAUGUUAGCCUGAGCUUGGCUACCAUAUUACCCAAGCAAAUACUUCUUAGGCCAUUGAGAAAUAUAUAGCAAUUCAGAAUAUUCUAACUUGCACUACGAUUGCUGUGAGGGGAGUGCAUGUUGCGCAGCCAUAAAGGUAUUUGACCUUUAGAUGCCAGCAAUUCAGUCCAAAUAUUAACAGUGUUGAAUUCUGUAGGAGUCCUACACUUGUCCUGUCACAAGUACUUGUUUCACAGUGAAUUUAUGCAUGCAUAUGUGUGUGCUCUCUGUCACAAUGUUGUUUUCUGUAGGUUUGGUUAAAAAGAACCGGUGAAAGCUUUUUUUCUUUUAUGAAUCUUGUCUGUUCCAAGACCAUUCCAGUGAUAUAUCAAAAGGCUUUCAAGAAGGCAUACACUUUGGAGACUACGUCGUUAUAUAUAGCAUAGAAAUGCAUUUGCUGUAGACUAAUGUAUAUAAUCUUUACGCACAAGUUUGUUCUGCUAAAAACUGUGCAUGUAGAAAGCCAUCCAAAUGGAAGCAAAUGGAAGUCUAUUUUGCAGCAGUGUAUAGUUAUGAAGAGCAUGGAAACUGCAUUCAGGCUUUAGCUGCUGUUGCUAUAUAGUGAGACUCGAGUGAUCAUCAUGCAUACCAAAAAUUUUUGUGCACUGAACAAGUGACUAACAUCAUAUUCUACUGAGUGUUCUGGUUCUUAAUGUUUGCCAAAACAGAGUUGAACCUUGAGGUGCACAGCGUGGAGAUGGUGACAGAACAUAACGCUUUAAAUACAGCCUCUGCUUAUGUUGUCUGUCAAAACUGUUGUGCCAAUGUUAAAAGCCAGGGCAUCAAAGACAGGUUUAUCGAAUUUGUAUGCAUGCAUUGUUUGUACUUUUCUUUUUCUAGGACAAAGGAUGUCCUGGUCACAGAAUCUCUUAAAAUGCACAAUUGCAAUAGGGUUACUGCUACGUAUUCUUUUUUGCUGAAAGUGCACUGUCGGUGAUCUGUGGCAAUACUUGUGUACAUAAAUUUGUGUUAUUAAAUUAUAUGUACCAUUUGCUUUCAUAUGCAGUCCGGUGUAAUUGCAGAAACUGUUCUGUUCCCUCAUAUAUUGGUAUUAAUAAACUUUUUUUUUUAUCGCUUG